AUGUCGGUUGUCACGUCCACCAAACCAGGGAAGCCUGAUCAGGCAAGUACAAGUGAACUGCCAGAUCUACACCAACCAGCCUUACAAAGCCAGGAAGCUGCGUUCUUGAAGACACUUGAAGUUGCAGGCGAGUUUUUCUUCUUGACGGGCUGCCUUCCCCCAAUACAAUGGCGAACAGUGCUCACACUCUUGCAACUUCUACCACCUCCAAGCGCCGCUGAAUUGCUGCUCCCGAUGGUGCCAAUUUGGACGGCCCACCUGCAUUCACAGUUCCAGCUGCUCAAAACCCUGAAACUGUUUGCCACUCCAGAACUCAAGCUGCUAGCUAUGACCAAAAGCUGCAGUGUUCGACCAUCCUCAUCUGUUGUCAAGGAGGACAGGUGGUGUGGCCAGAUGAAACCUGCUGGUGAAGUAGUUAUGGAAGCCAUUCAAAGCAGCGGUAAUGCCAUCUUACGUGAUUACACGCUCGAGAUCGUAGUUCUCUCCAUGGGAGCGAAGAGUAAAGUUGGUGGUCUGAAGGAGUUCUGUGUGCUUGCAUCACUGACACUGACAUUGGAUUGUGUUUUGUUUGGCACCUUCUAUGCCGCGAUGUUGGCAAUUAUGGUCAAGGUCCAAAGGAUCAAAGCUGCUCGUGAUAUGACAAGAUACUGGAGCUCCAACAGUCUUAGUGAAUGCAAGCUAAGUGCCCUCGUCCGUCCACCUCAAGUCCAGGACGCCAGUCUUAGCCAUCAGCCAUCAGAAACUCUAUUGGUGUCAAGGAUCGCAUCCUUCCUGACUCUGCACAUUCUCAACUUUGCAACCACGCUCACUCCCGUAACCAUUUCGAGAUACCAGACUCAGACCUUGAUUGGCUCUGCAAGAACCGCCUAUUCGGUGUCACACAGAGUUGACAUAGCCUCUCCUGCCAUUGCUAGUGUCCUCGCCAACCUUGCUGCUAUCAACACCACACUUCAAGUAGAAAUCGAGGUCAAAGCCAACGUGUCCACGUCUACUGAUCUGUCUGUCAAGAUCGCCCCGCCCCUGUAUAUCCGCGUCACGCCACCAGGUCCGGUUCGUCCCCGCGCACUAUUCAGAUCUACAGAUGCGAUCGAGAACUUCAUGACUGGUUGGACGAUACUCGUCGACGAUCCCAUUCUAUCAAAAUGGAUCGUCCUUGUCCUCGCUGUCAGCGUAGCACUCAAGGAUUACCUUCUCAAGGGUAUUGCUGAGGGUGCUAUGCAUGGACUCCAGCCCAACAAUGUGCACUUUAGGUCAGUUGUUGCCGAGAAAUGCGAAAAGGAUAAUGAGGAAAUAGUGAUCCCUAGAGUUAGGGCUGCUGGUGGACGUAGACGGUCAUCCUUUGUGGUUGGUGAUUCGAAGCCGUCCUCGCCGAGUUCUUCAGAUUCCGAGAAGCCUAUUGUCCAUCCCCUUGCUAUUCGCUCUAUGCAGGUCAUUGCACCCAUUGCAAUUCCCGCUACCGCUGGCGCGUCUGCACAGAUGCUUGACAUGAAGCUCUGCACACAAGCUGCACCUGCACCAAGAGAGGACCAGCCGAUUCAGUUCCCCCAUUCGGUCGUUGGAGCAGUGCAUCGAGCCUUCCUUGACAGCAUUUCGAGUCGUCGUGCACCUGCGAUACGAGACGAGGAGCAUGACUCCUCGAGCAUUCUGUACCUGCAGAAGAACAGUAGCAGCAACAUCGAGCAGUUUAGAGAAAUGUCACAUUCUCGCAAGUGUUCCUGCAUAGUCUCAUCGCAAACCAAGACGCACAGCACAUCUUUAUACUCACGUUGCAGCAGCAUGGGAUUCUCAGCAUUCAGCAAGCUUGGGAGACAAGUGGCGUUGACAUACCGAAGCCACGCCAAAUCUUCAUCACCAAAUCCAGAGUGCUCGCGACGAAAGGAAGAGUAUUUCACGAAGCUUCUCGAAUCUCUGGCGUCAGCAGGCUAUAUCCUGGAGGAACUUGCAAAAAUGAAGACACAAAGUAUACAGGAGGGCCUUGUUGAUCUCGACGACCUGCCCGAAUCACAGAUGAAUAUACCCAUGAAAUACAGUGAACUUGAGGAUAAGCACUUUCCUCUUUCUACCUGUGGUUGGUUUUCGGCGAAUUCACGAGGAUCGUUAAAGGCUCACGUAUGUGAUACUCAAGGUAUUGCAGAACCAGAAGUUCCCCCUGGCCAACAGAUCAAUUAUCUAUACAUUGACGAAGCACAAGAUAAUCUUCUGAUCAACGCACUCUUUUUGAGGCGAUUAUGCAGGAUUCCAAAUGGUUCAUUCUGUGCUGGGGACACUGCACAGACAAUCUCUGGAGGGAGUUCCUUCAGGUUUGAUGAUUCGAAAGUGUUUCUCUACUGUGUGGAGCAGCAGCAAAAUAUCACCGAUGGAGCAUGUCUUCACCAGCCUAUGAUGUUCAAAUUGGCGAUCAACUACAGAAUACACGGUGGCAUCAUUAACUGCGCGCAUUCUGUGACUGAACCACACAAAAAUGGCCAGACACAAUCAAUAACCUUUGGCCAGAAAACGGGGUGGUUGACAGGCUGA